CAGGUUCCAUGUCAGUAGAGCGGUCAGCAGCACAGGAUGUGGAGAUAUUUACACCAAGUUUCACAGCGGAGCAGCAGAGAGAGCUGGCCAAAAGACUCACCACGUUCCUGUCUCAGUACAGCCGCCUGUCCGACUCUUAUAUAAUUGAAUUCUUCACAGAAGAUCUCUGGCACACUCUACCCAGCAGCUGGCAGCUGGUGCUGCAGGACCUGUCAUAUCCACAGAUUGCAGACUUAUUACUGGAUGCUGCUCAUGAAGACAGGAGAUAUCCUUCAGUAUGGCCUCUGUCCCUCUUGGCUUUCCGUGCUGCAGCUCAUUCCCUGGCGUUUCCCAGAGAGCACAGACGUGAGCAGGUCACGGCAGCCGGCUCAGUGAAGCCUGAGGAAUUCCUGGAAAACCAGAGUCAGAGCUCACUGCUGGGGCACAUAUUCAGGAAACAUGUUAAACCCAAAAAACAGCAUGAGAUCCGCAAGCUGGGAACGCUGGUAAAACAACUUUGUGACCAGACUGACUGCAGCAGAGUUGUGGAUGUGGGCUCUGGGCAGGGUCACCUGACUCGUUUCCUGUCCUUUGGGCUUGGACUGUCUGUUACUGCCAUCGAGGCUGAUCACACCCUAGUUGCUAUGGCGUCUAAGUUUGAUGGACAGCUGUUGUGGGCCUUGGAGAAGGAUAACCAGAAAAAAAACGUCUCCUCUCAGUUCCCAGUAUUACAGUGCUUUCCUCGACAUGUGGCAGGUUGGGUAAACCCUAAAGCAUCAUGGGAGGCUUUCAUCAAUCAGCUAAGAGAGGUAGACUGUGUCAGCAAAAGUCUGCCAACUUCAUCAGGACCCUGUAAAAAAAGACUGCGGAGCUCUGAGGGUCAAGGAAGUGCUCAACCUCAAGACUCAUCACAGCAGCCAUCACAGCAGAAUGAGUCUAAAGAAGAGGUAUCUGCUGAAACCUGCUGCUCAUAUAUUCAACGUGACUGUCAAGAGGAUGUGAACCUUGAAGAAAACAGCCUGCAAAGCUAUCCAGACUUUGUCCUGACUGGUCUCCAUGCCUGUGGUGACCUCAGUGCCACCCUCAUCCGCCACUUUGUCAAUUGUCCACAUGUUCGAGGCAUCACUUCAGUGGCGUGCUGCUACAUGAAAAUCACAACCAAAGAACACCCCUCCCCACCAGGACUAGUCGUACCUCCCACUCCACUGACACCAGGCCAAGAAUCGAGUCCCAUUGAGUUUGGCUACCCCAUGAGCUCCUGGGUGCGGGGGUUGCCAGGACAUCAGUUGUCCUAUAAGGCAAGAGAGGGGGCGUGUCACGCUGUGGAGGACUACAUACGGAGGCUCAGGGAGGAAAGCGAGCUGCUCAGGACGCACUGUUACCGCGCAAUGCUAGAGACCUUCGUCAGGGAUACAAGGCCAGAUCUACGCAGGGCAGGAAUCCAGACCAUUAAGAAAGCCCACUUAUUACCUUUUACUGAGUACGCCCGUCUGGGUCUGUUACGGGUCGGCCUUCCUCCAGACUUGCCUCUGCACCCAGAGCGAGUAAAGGCCAUGUUGAAGCAGCAGGGCAGGGUGGUGGUGUACUUCAGUCUGGCCUUGCUGCUGGCUCCCGUGGUGGAGACAUUAGUGCUGCUGGACAGAAUGAUCUACCUGCAGGAGAACGGAGUGGACAGUCAGCUGGUUCCUCUCUUCGACCCAAACUUUUCUCCAAGAAACUUUGUGCUUGUGGCUCUGAAGCCUUGUGGAUGAGCAAGACGAAAAGGGAAAGUCCCAGUCAAUCAUGGUUUUUAGCAAUUUUAGCAAUUGAUAUUAAGGGAAGUUAAUGCAUUUUUUUGCUGACCUGUCUAAUUUGCUGGCAUAUUUUUUACUUAAAUGAAUGGAUACCCUCUUUGCAGUGGAACACCUCAGAUCUCUAGUGUGACACAGGAACAUGCUGGAAAUCUUGGAUCCCACUGUGCUAAGAUGGGCAGUUCUACUUAAACCUGAUACACUGCACAUCUAUAAAAUAGCUUUUAUACCAUCUGAACAUCAAGUUUGAAUUUUAUUGCUUGUUUCAUUUUUAAAAAGGUCUGUUGUACUAUCAUGGUUUGUGAUUUAUUUGUGUGUCGGUACCUCAGUGCAAUAAACAAAAGUCUUUUA